CCCACCACCAAUAAAGACAUUCAUAUAAAGAUCCAUUAACUACUUCCUGGAUGAACACAAAUUUGUGUACACUUGGGUUGAAGAAAUUGAAGGUUUUUGAGCAAAUGGGUUCUCUAAUGGCAGGUUGGGAUUCACCUGUUCAAGAUCCCAAAACUGUGAAAAUCCAGAGGAACAAGUCAGCGACCAAAGAGGAGAUUGAGGCUUACUGGAGAUCAAAGAAGAAAGAUGAGGAAGAACAUCUCAGAGCUAUUCCUGACAUGUUAACGAAGAGCAGUGAGGAAAGCAAACUCAAGGAGCCUGAAAGAAAGCUUCAGAGAUCAAGCUCUGUGCCUUUGUCCAACACAAAGGAUGGCCUGCUGGAUAUGGGAACUGAAACAAGCUUUGAGAAACUUAUAAAGAAAAACGGAUGGUGGACUAGGUGCACCUCUGCAUUUUUGAACGAGCCUCCGGUGAUUGCAUCAGACGGCGGCCCUGCUCACAAGUACCUGUCGCAGUUCCACGUGGCAGGAAUCGCCACCCCGAAAUCACACACCGGCACUGGAAUUAGUACUACAUGAUUUCUGAUCCAGUACUAAUAUAUGUUUGACUGUGUACUUGUAUAUGAGAAUCAGUUUGUAUGAUAGUAAUACUUUGUGUGUGUGUGUAUAUAUAUAUAAAAUCUCACAGCAUUACUCAUUGAGGAAAAUAUAU